AUGGCCAACGAUAUGCAUCGACAGCAUGGCCUUUACACUCCGCACAGUCUGUCCGACCUAACGGCUGGCAUGGCGCCCACUAUCGAGGCGUCACGCGGGGAGACGUUCCCAAUCUUAUCGGACCCAGAAAGCGCCGUCUACCAACCCGAUCAGCUUCGAGGGAUUCUAUGCCUAGAGCAGUCGCCCAAGUCGGUGCGGACAACCACAGCCCCGAGGACCGGCUCGAGGAACAAGGAAGAAGAGGAGAAGCCGGAGGCGCAAGCCAUUGAGGUGUUUGAGCUCUCCGCUGCGGAUUACUCGCUCCUGCUAGAGAGAGCAAUCGUCGAGGAUGGUCCCACUGUGGUCCUGCAUGGUGAGCAGCUGCCAUCCCGGAGGGUUUGCACCCUCAUACCGGCUGCUUACCCUCCGCGCUCUCUGAAUCAUGCCCAAACAUGCGAUGCUACGGAAUGUCGUCUCUCCUCGAGCGAGGCGGGAUCAGCCUCGGCCUCGACACCUCGACCAACCAAGUCAUUAUCCCUCUCCCAAUCCCAAUCCGAAUCGCAGUUACAGGCGACGGCGUCGGUGCUGGGGACCCCUGAGCUCCUUGAGCUCAUUCUGCUUCAUCUCGACCUGAAGUCUCGCAUCACCUCUGCCCCACGAGUUUGCAGCUUCUGGUUGGAGACGCUGAAUCACUCGCCUAUGCUCCGAGAAGCAUCUUUCUUCCAGGCCGACCGAAGCCUUCACACGAAGCCUGGUGAACAACCCUGUAUCAACCCUCUUCUUCAGGAGGCCUUUGGCGACCAAUUCUUCAACCUGAGUGAUUGUCGGGUGGAUAAGUACCCGUUCCGUCGUGCCGAAUACUUCUGGAAGCUACCCUGGUCGCCGCAAGCCUUGCCUCACCUCAAAGCAAGUACCGGCAGUGUCCUCGACGUCGACCCAACCUGUCGUCAGCGCAGCUUUACCAGGGCUGGUGCGAGUUGGAGACGCAUGCUUGUCUCGCAGCCCCCGCCGCCUUUCCUCGGAUUCACUUGGCUGGAUUCUUUCACCAUCACCGCGGCGGGCCACCGCUGUCUCGUCGACUUCGUCACGCCUCCGCAGAACGAUGCUGGUGACUUCGACACGGGCGUCACAAUGGGACAGCUUUAUGAUACGAUACAGUCAUUGACCAUGCAGCAGCAGAAACCCGGUUUAUUCUUUCGCGUCCGGUGGGAUCUGGCCUGUGCGAGACCAAGCAGCGAGAGCGUCAGUGCCGGAGAGGAUGAAAGCGCCCGCGAAAGCACAAACUUAGUUGCCGAGUUCUGGGACGACGCGUACUUCAACUCCAGCCACUACGGGCCCUUUUCUAUGGAAGCGACUCGGAGCGUUUUCAGGUGUGAGGAAGCUGUCAAGCCCGUUUUUGGUGGACAAGCGUGGAUCCAAGGUCUCGACGACGACGCCGACCACCAAGUGCCGGCCAACGACGAGUUUGAGCUCUGGGAGCCGCUCGUAUGGAAUCUAUAA